AUGUGGAUAGCUGAUUUACUCUCAAGGGCAGUUACUUCGAACAGCGACAAGCUCAUUCAAGAAGAAGAAGAGAUUUACGAAAUUAAAAAGCUUUUAGUUGAACUGGAAGAAAUACGCAGUAUAGAGUUGCUUCCAAUAAGCGAUGAACGAGUUAUAGCGAUCCAGAAAGAGACUAAGGCCGAUGUAACACUACAGCAGCUGGCGUACUUUGUGCUAAAUGGGUGGCCAGAUAAGAGGUCCAAAAUUCCAAACUCCGUCAAGCCGUACUGGUGCUAUCGCGAACAAAUAACUUCGGAAAACGGGUUGCUUCACAAAAGCGACAGAAUCAUCGUCCCUGCGAAGCUGCGCGAAGACAUAUUACGCCGAGUUCAUGCCAGUCAUCAAGGUACUGAAUCGUCGAAAAAGUUGCCGAUGCAAUCACACGAAAUACCGCAGAUACCAUUCAAUCGAGUAGCAAUGGAUAUUUUCGAAAUAAAUAACCCGGUCACCAACAGGAAAUCAAAAUACUUGGCCACUGUUGAUUAUUUCUCUGACUUCUUCGAGUUAGAUGAGCUAAAAGAAAUCAUUGUAUGCGAUAACGGCACGCAACUAGUGAGCAAGGAAAUUUUAAGCUUUUUUAAAAGUUGGGAAAUAAAAGUGACAACAUCCUCUCCAAGGUACGCGCAAUCGAACGGCAAAGCAGAGUCAGCAGUUAAAAUUGCAAAGCGCCUCAUUAAGAAAGCUUUGGACAGUGGCGAGGACGUUUGGCUAGCCGUGCUCAACUAUCGCAACACACCAAAUGCGAUUGGUUCAAGCCCAGCACAAAGGCUUAUGUCACGCCGUCUCCGCUCGGCGAUACCAGCGCAUCCAAAAAAGCUCCUACCAGAAGCACAAAAGAACGUACAUGACAGAAUUAUGCGAAAACGUCAAAUAGCUAAAUCGUACUACGAUCAGCGGGAUAAAAUUCAAGAAAAAUUUAACACUCGCUCUUACAUCGUCAAUGUGAAGGGAAGCUUGUAUCGUCGCAACAUUCAAGACAUCAGUAAAGAGUUGCCAAGCGCAACUGAAUGCGAAAAAAUCACUAGUGCAGAAACUAGAGAACCGUCAGCCCCAGACAGUUUCGCAGCAGCAGCCUCCGAGCAAAGCGAAAUCUGUAUUGACGAUGAAGACGAACGCGACAAUCAACAUCGUUUUAAACGCAACCGACGUUUGAGUUCAAAGUCAGCAGCUGAGCGACCAAAACGCAAAC